AUGAUUGAUUUCACAAGGACCCUUAAACGGAUUUUCCGUAAAUGGACCACUAAGGAUGGUAUAAUUGGUGAUUACGAUUACAAAUACUUGUUCACCCCAGAAAUACCAUUUGUUUCCAAAGAAGCCAAAGUCCAGCCGUUUUUUGGAUUAAAUUCAGAUAUGCCGCUACUUUUAGGAGCCAUAUUGGGAUUACAACAUGCAUUGGCAAUGAUGGCGGGUCUAGUUGUGCCUCCUGUUUUGAUUAGUGUUUCAGCAAAUUUACCUAUUGAAACGCAAGAGUACUUGGUUAGUACGUGUUUGAUUGUUUCUGGUCUUUUGUCAAUUAUUCAAAUCACCCGUUUCCACAUUUAUGGUACUCCAUAUCAUUUAGGUACUGGGCUAUUGUCGGUUGUUGGUCCAUCGUUUGCUACAAUUACAGUCACUUCAAGUGCGUUUCCUAUGAUGUAUGCUAACGGUACUUGUCCCACAUCAGCUGAUGGUACAAAGUUACCUUGUCCCGAUGGCUACGGUAUGAUUUUAGCCACAGGGAUUGUAUGUGCCUUGUUGGAAAUAUUAUUGUCAUUCUUACCAGCCAAGAUUCUUCAAAAGGUUUUUCCUCCAUUGGUUACGGGACCGGUUGUUAUGUUGAUUGGUAUUCACUUGGUUGAGACUGGUAUAGAAGAUUGGGUUGGUGGCUCAGGAUGUGUUGAAGAUACUUGUACAAUGGGCAAGUUUUCCAAACCAUGGGGGUCAGCUAAUUUCGUUGGGUUGGGAUUCCUUGUUUACGUUUCCAUUAUAAUCGCAGAAAAAUUCGGUUCACCAAUCAUGAAGAGUUGUGCAGUUAUACUAGGAUUACUUAUUGGAUGUAUCGUUGCUGCCGCUUGUGGUUAUUUUGACUCUAGUCAAAUUGAUGCCGCCAAAGCUGCUAGUUUUAUUUGGGUCAAGACAUUCAAGUUGAAGGUUUAUGGUCCAAUUGUUUUACCCUUUUUAGCGGUAUAUUUGGUUUUAAUGAUGGAAGCUAUUGGUGAUAUAACUGCAACUUCAGAUGUAUCGCGUUUAGAAGUUGAAGGUGAACUUUACGAGUCAAGAAUUCAAGGUGGUUUAUUGGCAGAUGGUUGCAAUGGUAUAUUAGCAGGUCUAAUGACUGUUACCCCCAUGUCAGUUUUUGCUCAAAACAAUGGGGUUAUUGCUAUUACUAAAUGUGCCAAUAGAGCUGUCGGAUAUUGGUGUGUUUUCUUUUUGUUGGUUAUGGGAAUCUUUAGCAAGUUUGCUGGCGCCAUCAUAUCCAUCCCCAAGCCAGUAUUUGGUGGUAUGACUUCAUUUUUGUUUUGUUCAGUUGCUGUGUCUGGUGUCAAGAUUAUUUCUGGAACAGAAUUUACUAGAAGGGAUAGAUUUAUUUUGACCGCAGCGUUGGUCCCUGGUUUAGGCUCUACAUUGGUGUCUGACUGGUUCAGUCAUGUUUUUACUUAUUCCGGCGAUAACCAAUCAUUGACUGGAUUCUUUGAUGCUAUUGUGUUGGUGAUGGAAACCGGAUUCGCCAUUACUGGAUUCAUUGGAGUCAUUUUGAAUUUGAUCUUGCCACAAGUUCAUGAUGAUGUUGAAGAGAUCAAUGAGUUGAUUUUAGAAACUGUGGGUUCUGCUGAUGAACAUGCUAGAGAAGUGUUUGCUAGAAAGGAGGGAAUCUCACUUGAACAGUUGAAAAGUCAAAUGACGCAUCACGGUCAAAAUGUCACCAGUAUAAGGUCGUCUGAUGGUAUACCUGACUUGCCAUAUCCAAAUCAAAAAUAG